UGCAUCCAGUCUGUUGGGGGAACCUGUGGGGGGCACAGAGAGAGAGAGAGAACUGUCUUGUGGACUAAACAAAAUAGAGACUGGUUCAGAAAGAGAGAGACUUUGGAGUUAUAGAGAACGGUAGAAAGCUUGUGUUGAACCCCGAUCAACAGCAGCCAUGGGUGAAAUGGAGCAGAUGAAAAAGGAGGCCGAAGCCCUGAAGACACAGAUUGAGGCAGCUCGUAAAGCAGCACAUGACACAGACAUGGCCUCCGCCGCUUCUGGGGUGGCUCCGGCCCCUCGGGUCCAACUCAAGACCAGGAGGACCCUCAAAGGCCAUCUGGCCAAAAUCUAUGCCAUGCAUUGGUGUACAGACAACAGGCUAAUGGUCAGUGCAUCACAGGAUGGCAAACUUCUCAUCUGGGAUUCUCACACUGGAAAUAAGGUCAAUGCUGUUCCCCUCAAGUCCUCAUGGGUGAUGACCUGUGCAUAUGCUCCUUCUGGAAACCUUGUGGCCAGCGGUGGUCUCGACAACAUGUGUACAGUCUACAACUUGAAGACACCCGUAAUCAAGACCGUGAAAGAAUUAGAUGCUCAUACAGGUUACUUGUCCUGUGCACGCUUCCUCAGUGACACAGAGAUUCUAACCUCCUCUGGUGAUACCACAUGUGCAUUGUGGGAUUUGGAGACUGGAAAGCAGAAGACUGUUUUCCUGAACCAUGUUGGUGAUUGCAUGUGUCUGUCUCUGUCUCCGGACAUGAACUCCUUUGUUUCUGGUGCUUGCGACUCUCUGGCCAAGCUGUGGGACAUCAGGGAUGGCCAGUGCAAGCAAACCUUCCAGGGUCACACGAGUGACAUCAACGCCAUUUCAUUCUACCCUAGUGCCAAUGCAAUUAUCACUGGCUCGGAUGACUGCACGUGCAAAAUGUAUGAUAUUCGUGCCGAUCAAGAAGUGAUCUGUUACCAGGAUGCCGCACUGAACAGCGGCGUAACAUCACUGGAUCUAUCCGCGUCUGGCCGCCUCAUCUUUGCUGGCUAUGACGACUUCAACUGCAAUAUUUGGGACUCGCUAAAGGGCGAGAAAGUGGGUGAGUUGAAAGAGAAAAAAAAAAGUCUGAGUUGGAGAGAAUGCUGAUUAAGCAGGAACAAA